GGGUAAAUCGUCGCAUCAUUUUGCGGGCUAACCAGGGAUGAGGCAGGCAAUUUCCACGUGCUAAGAAUUCACUCCUUGCUUCACAAGCAUCGUGAGACGUCGCCUACCCAAAAUCAGCCUGAGAAAACUCAUAGCAAGCUAAGAUGAGACGAACUUAACUAUGUUCUCUAUUGUGCCUGGCGAUCUAAAACCCGAAGCUAUGGAUCCAUCUUACUCCACUGACAUGGCGAUCAUUUGUAUAAAUAGUUCAUAUCAAUCUCUGUAACCUAGAGCUUCAUCUGUAUCGUUCAGUUCUUGACGGACAUUGUCUCGAUCUUCUCAUUAUUAUUUACUUCUUCUUGGCUGGGCCAUAUCAUUUUCUUUACUAUUUCUAAUAACCUCUUGCCACCAACAAGUUACAUCUAUCCGUUCACCAUGAAGUUCAUCAACGUACUUUUUCUCGCUGCUUCCGUGUCAGCUGUUGCUAUUGAUCGCAUGCAUGUCGGUUCUGCGAGAUCUACCGACCUAGAAGAGGCAUCAUCCUUACUAGCUAGGCAUCAUGCAGGCCGACCAGCAAACAGCCAGGGUAACGGGAAUGAAAAUGGGAAAGCUAGCAAGGCAAAGCAAGGAAGCAACUCUAACGCAGGCGCCGCUACUGGUAACACAAACAACGGUGCUGCUACCGGUGUUGCUGCCGGCAAUACCCUCGUCCUAAAAGAAGUCAAUGGCGUACCGGGCAACGAAUGCCUCACCUUCCGCAAUAAUGGUGAGAUUGUCGAUGCCGCUUGUGUCAAUACCGCAGCCGACCGACAGAUUACACCGACAACGCUAAAUGGCAACUCCGUCCUAAGCGUGCAGCGUAGCUUCACAGCUGGGUUCCGCCCGGACCUUGUCGGCGUUAACGCUUGCGUCGGGUUCAACGGCACACACUUCCGAGCCGAGGAUUGCGCCGCCCCAAACAUCGAGCUUGUGCAAUUCGACGGCACGGCACUACGGGCUCCCAGUGGCGCUUGUGCUCAGGGACAUGACGGCGCCGCUCAGAUGGUUGUCGAUACCACAGGUGUUAGCUGCGCUACUUUCCAGAGCACAACUGUUACGCCUACGUCUCCGUAAAGGACGGAGAGGAGACUAGCGAUAAGGUAAUUAGGUAGAUAUAGUAUUUAUUUAAUCACAUUUUUAGAUGCAUUUUAUAUAACCUCUUAAAUCUACGCUAU